GCAACACCCUUGACUAGCAGUGGCCAUGUUGUCUCCUGUAAACAGAAGGCCCUUUUAAAGAUGCACCUGGUACUGAGCCCCAAAGGAAAACAAACUCAUGCCUUCUGUCAGAUAGACUUGGGUGCAGAAACCAACAUCAUACCCAACUCCCUGUAUAACCAGCUAAAGCCCACUAUGAAGUUAACAGCAUAUGGUGGGAAUGAAAUCCCAAACUUGGGAUCAUGCCAAGUGUACGUUAAGGGUCCCGACAACCCAUACCCCAAAUCAGUACAGGCAGAAAUUGUUGAUGUCGAUGACCCUGCUGUAAAUAGGCAAUAUGUCAGCACAAAGUUUGAAUCUUCUAAAGCUAAAUUGGACAGUUGCUGUUGA